AUGCCCAGCUCCAGCUCCAACUCGUUCCUUCUCCCAAGCGUACCGACGAACGAAGCGUACUAUUCCCAGCCUCCCUCAGCUUCUACGCCUCGAUUCCGCCAAGCAUCCCUUCAGCCGGGGUACGGCUCCACGGUCGGCGGCGGGGGAACGCAUCGGCGGAAUUUCUCAGUAAACUCGGCGCAUGGGAGUCCGGUGGUUCGGCAUCAGAGCCAGAGUCAGAGUCCGGUAGGAAGCGUCAUGAGGAAGAUUAGGAAGACGGCGAGCGCGGUGGGGCUGAGUCUGGGGAGGGCGGAGGGGUACGAUCAGGAGGAUGAGGAUGGGGAUGGGGACGGGGAUGAUGAGGCGGGGAUGGAGGAGGAGGACGAGGCGAGGAAGAGUAAUGGGAUGAGGGUGUGCUCAUACGUGACGAUAGACUGGAUACAUGAUGCGAUCAAAGAGUCUUCCCGAGUUCGACGAAUGCGUACGAACGCCAAACGGUCCUAUCGAGGCGCAAUAGCAAACGCAUGGGACAGAUUCCAAGGCUGGAUGCUCGUAACUGUCAUAGGCGUCAUAUCAGCAAUAAUAGCCUUCCUCAUCAUCCGGACCGAAAUGGUCCUCUUUGACCUCAAAGAAGGAUUCUGCUACACCUCCCCGACAUCUCCCAAACGGUUCUGCUGUACUCCGCGACAUCGCCUCCUUCCUUCCGCCUCGGCUACCACUUCAGCCUUCUCCUUCCUAUCGCUCCAAUCCCCGUUCUUUCGAAAUAUGGAGGAACACCAUAACCCGGUCGAAGUGGAUGAAUGCCCAGACUGGGUCGGGUGGGGGGAGUGGUGGAGUGACAAGGCGGAGGGAGUUUGGGGAGGGCUGGAUUUUGGGGUGGCGGAAUUUGGGACGUAUGCUCUGAUUGCGCUAAUCCUCGCUGGCCUGGCUUCCACUUUGACCAUCUAUCUAUCUUCCUCAGAGCACCACGUCACAUCCAAAAACUCCACCCUCCUCUCUACUCCACCGACUCCUGCCUCCUCGUCCCCGACCGCAAAGUCUCGGCGCGGCGGCGAGAGUCAACCGCUGCUCGCGAGAGAUGCGGGAAAUGGGGUUCAAGAAGAGAAGGCGCAGGUCCCGACUAGGAAAGUCAUGUACUAUGCGGCAGGGAGCGGGAUUCCGGAGAUCAAGACGAUACUGUCAGGUUUCGUUAUCCACGGAUACCUCGGCGGGUGGACAUUACUGACCAAGAGCGCAGGGCUGGCGUUGUCUGUCGGGUCAGGCUUAUCUUUGGGCAAAGAAGGACCCCUUGUACAUAUUGCCUGUUGCUGCGGAAACAUCGUAUCGAGGCUGUUUACAAAGUUUGAGCUGAACGAGGCGAAACGAAGGGAGAUUCUAUCGGCGGCUUGUGCAGCGGGUGUCUCGGUGGCAUUCGGUGCGCCGAUCGGAGGGGUGCUCUUCUCGCUCGAGGAGGUGUCGUAUUACUUCCCGCCAAAGGUGAUGUGGAGAAGUUUCUGGUGUGCUGCGGUGGCUGCUAUCACGCUCCGAGCUUUGAAUCCAUUUGGGAAUGGCUCUAUCGUGCUCUUCGCCGUGACCUACACAAAGCCAUAUCACAACUGGGAAUUCGCAAUAUUUGCCCUCCUCGGCAUCUUUGGCGGAAUCUAUGGCGCCAUUUUCUCUCGGUUGAACAUUCUUUGGAGUCGGAAUGUCCGGCAAGGAAGUUGGGUCGGACGACACCCGAUCGUCGAGGUCCUGAUCGUGACGGGCCUGACGACGCUUGUUUCGUUCAUGAACCCUUAUUGCCGAAUGGGCGGGACUGAGCUCGUCGCUAGUCUAUUCGCUGAAUGCAAACACGACUCGACCUCCCGACUCUGCGUCGAUGACCCUAGCGAAAUAACCGGGAUCAUCCUCCUGAUCGGGACUGCUCUGGUCAUCAAGGGUUGUUUGACCAUUAUCACUUUCGGGAUUAAGCUUCCAGCUGGGAUAUUCAUCCCUUCCCUCGUUGUCGGAGCGUGUUUUGGCCGGAUUGUGGGAUUAGGGAUGGAAUGGGUCGAACAUACCCAUCCUAGUUUCGCGAUAUUUGAUGUUUGUCGUGGGACGGAGUGUGUUGUGCCUGGAUUGUACGCUAUGGUCGGAGCAGCGGCUACUCUAGCUGGAGUCACGCGGACGACCGUCUCCCUCGUGGUCAUCAUGCUGGAACUGACUGGGUCACUCAAUUACGUCGUUCCUAUUAUGAUGGCUGUGUUACUCGCCAAGACAACGGCGGACAUGUUGGAAAAGAAGGGGAUAUAUGACUUGGUCAUCGAUCUGAACCAACUCCCCUACCUCGACAGUAAACAUGAAUACCUCUGGGGCUCGCGCGUCGUCGAGGAGAUCGCAGACCGGUCCGUCCCCGUCCUUCGCGCGGAUAAAGUACAUACCGUCCGAUCCUUGACGGGGAGGAUGUUGGAGCUUGCGAGGGGUGGACUGGCGGAUACGGGGUUCCCGGUGCUUGUUAGGGAACAUGGGGCGGCGGUGGGGGGGAUGAGAGUUAUUGGGUUUUUGGGGACGAAUGAGUUGGAGCAUGCUCUAGCUCUAUUGGCGGACGAGCCCGAUGCCCGACUCAAUCUCAUGCCGUCUGACGAAACGCGGAUGAAGAAUAGUAUCCACUCGAUCUUCAGUUUUGCGGAUAGUGCGGAUGUAGGCAAGACGAACCCGUAUGAUCUGUCGAGGUAUUUGGACCGGGCACCCAUCACGGUUCAACCCCACUCCCCGCUCGAACUCGUACAACAGCUGUUUGUCAAGCUCGGGGCGAGGCAGUUGCUAGUCGUCGAUGGACAUGGGCUGUUUAGGGGUCUGGUGACCAAGAAGAGCUGGCUCAACUUCCUGGCGGAGCUCGAAGCGGAGGGUCACUGA